AUGGCGGAAGAUGCUGCUGCAACCACCGGAGCCCCAACCCUAUCCGAGCAAUAUUUAUUGAAGGGAAAAGAAGAGCAGACAGAUGCUGUUUCAAAAUCCGUAGAAGUAAAAGAAGACAAGAACCCAGUGGCUGUUGUUUCUGAGGAAGUUGUGGAGAAAGCUGAGGAACCAUCAGCUCCUGCUGCUGAAGAAAAAACUGAAGAUACUCCUGCUGCUGCUGAAGAAAGCACUGAAACGCCCACUACUGCCGAAAGCAACAGUGAAGAUGUCCCUGUUGCUGCUGAAGAAGCUGCAGAAGAGAACUCAGGAGAAGAAGCUGCAGAAGGGAAGCGAGAGAUUAAGGUUGAGACAGCACCAGCUGAUUACCGUUUCCCAACUACAAAUCAAACAAGGCACUGCUUUACCAGAUACAUUGAAUAUCAUCGGUGCGUAGCUGCCAAGGGUGAAGGUGCUUCAGAGUGUGAUAAGUUUGCCAAAUAUUAUCGUUCUCUCUGCCCUAGUGAAUGGGUAGAGAGAUGGAAUGAGCAAAGGGAGAAUGGCACAUUUCCAGGUCCCCUGUAG